AUGGUCAAAGUGCAAGACGCAUAUGGACGUGAAACUGAACUGUCUCUGAAUUGUUCCUGUAACGGUGAUGGCACGGGGAAAGUAGGUUUAGCCUCAGUACUUCUUCUCACUUUCUUUACUUAUUACCUCGUUACUCAUUUAACUCCCGACUUCAGGAAAUGGCACGACUACUUCUCGAAUAUAUUGGGUGCUAGAAAGCUCCGAUUCAUUCCCAGGUCGGAGUUGGACGCACCCCAAAUUACGCAUAUUACCGAGGAGAUGGACAUUAAUCCAUACUCAUUCUUCCCGUCCAAAGACCUCAUGUAG